GCGCUCUGGUAUGCUACCGAGAAAGGCUUCGUAGCGGCGGUACGCUUGUUUGAUGGGAAAGAUACAACUACGUUGCAAACCGUGCUAAGGAGCAAAGAGCAUCACAUCAUUAAGCUGCUGCUCAAUGAAUCCGUUGGUAUGGAUAGAGCAUAUCACGGCGGAAGAUUGGCGCCCGGCUUACGCACAAGAAAGAUCGGACGUUAUGCUUCUGAUGGAAGGUCAGGGACGGGAGAAAUCUGUGCACCGCAUUGCCGAAGGAGAUAUUCAACACCGGGUAGAUUACGGGUUGGUUGAUGCCAAGAUAAAAAGACGUCUCUUAAUGAUUCCGAGAUUUUCACUCUGGGAGAAUACAUUGUUACCCCUAUGGGGAAUCACGUUUACCCUUCGACAUGGCGAAGUGAGUUACACCCAUCAGCAGAUCGAGGGAUCUAGCAUUCGUUUCUGCGUCGCUGUCUGGUUCCCAGCUAUGCAUAGUCCGAAGGGCCACGAUGAUCCGAAGGGGGCAAUAGCGUGGACGAUGAUACCCCCAAGCAACAAAACCGAGGGCCAAUGGAAGUCAGCAGAUCACUUCAGCAUGUUGCCGUGUAGCCACAUCCCCCGAGAUGGUAUGGAGUUUUCUGAGCAGUUCAUAUCCUACCUCAAGGGUAUGUGGCUUAAAGAAUGUGAUAGAGCUGAGGACGCUCUAGCGGAACUUAGGAGUGAACAGCUCGAACAAAAAGGAAAACGUCGUGACUUUAUCCUCAUUCUGGAAAAAGAAGCCAAGGCUUUCACAAUUCUCCAUGCCGCCUUACGGAACCAGUUCUCCGCUGCUAGAGAGUUUGGGAAUGUGAUCAAGGCCUACCACGAUGUUCGCUUUCUGGGAGAGCUGCAAAGAAAGACGACUCUGAAGAUGAGAUCAAGCAUCGGAUCAAGCAAUUGGAUCAAAGAACUAGAGAUCUUUUGCAGUUUGUGGGCAUACUCAUAGUACCACCAUUUCGGAUAACUUAUUCAGCUGACGCUUGUAGGAAUUCGCCUGGGUCUCAAUUAACGAAGCGCAUAGGUCGACAAGCAUUGCAGC